AAUUCAAACUUUUCACAAAGCCACACAAUUUCACAAGCUUUCAACUUUCAUAGUUUCACUCAUUCCCCAUUCUCUGUUUCCCAUGUUUAUAAAAAUGUUCAUGUGAUUGGAGCAACAAGAAGAAAGCUUUUCCACUUUUUUUUUUUCUCUACCCAUUGCGCAAGUUUCGUAUUUCUCUUCACAAAGCGGAACACCAAUGAAGAGGGGUAGUAAACUAGACCCGUUUGUGAAACCCAACAGGCUCACACUUUUUCACAUUUUCAUGGUGGUGUUGCUCGUUUACUUGCUCUUCAUGAGCUUUGAAAUCGUUGUCGUGUUCAUAGCUGGGCUUGGAUUAAAAAAUAGCACCGUUUUCCUCACUGACGCAGUGUCGAUGCCUGUGUCGCUGUCCCUUGAAGAAUUGCACAAGGGACUCAAAAUUCGAGGACCCAGAGGGCUAAAGUUGGAGAAAGUCUCCACUUUGAGGUUCAACAAGAGCUUCACCGAGGGUUUGAAACUGCACAAGGUGGCGCGACAUGCAUGGGUGGCAGGGGAGAAGCUUUGGAGGGAAAUGGAGAAUGAGAAAACAGAGAACUUGAGGAACAUGUUUAAGGUUAUCGGAAAUGGGUCGGACUCAUGCCCAGAAUCGAUUUCCAUUUCAGGGGUGGAGUUCCAAGAGAGGUUUAAGGGGGUGAUGGUGUUGCCGUGCGGGCUAAAACUUUGGUCGCACGUGACUGUGGUGGGUACACCGCGAUGGGCACGUGCUGAAAGGGACCCUAAGAUAGCGAUUGUGAGGGAUGGGGAUGAGGCAUUGAUGGUGUCUCAGUUCAUGAUAGAUUUGCAAGGGUUGAAGGUCGAUGAGAAAGAGGAGCCUCCAAGGAUUUUGCAUUUCAAUCCAAGGUUGAGAGGGGAUUGGAGUGGGGAGCCUGUGAUUGAGCAGAACACUUGUUAUAAGAUGCAAUGGGGUUCUGCUCUCAGGUGUGAGGGGUGGAAGUCUCACACGGAUGAGGAAACUGUUGAUGGGCAUGUGAAAUGUGAAAAGUGGAUUCGUGAUAACAAGCAGCAUUUUGAAGAGUGGAAGGAAACAUGGUGGCAAAACAGAUUGAUAGGAAGAAAAAAUGAGGCGACUGUAGAUUGGCCAUAUCCUUUUGCAGAGGGCAAGUUAUUUGUUCUGACAAUAAGUGUUGGCAUAGAAGGUUACCAUGUUAGUGUGGACGGGAGACAUGUGACAUCUUUUCCCUAUCGCGUGGUGGGUACACUAAUCAAUAAUCAUAUCUCCAUGCAUUCUGUAUUUGUUGCUUCCUUACCUACAACACAUCCUAGUUAUGCUCCACAGAUGCAUCUUGAAUUGUUUCCUAAGUGGAAAGCUUCUCCUCUUCACAAUGUGAAUGUGGAGCUUUUCAUUGGUAUUCUUUCUGCUGGAAACCAUUUUGCUGAUCGGAUGGCAGUAAGGAAGUCCUGGAUGCAACAUAAACUAAUCAAAUCUUCUCAUGUCGUGGCUCGAUUUUUUGUGGCCUUGCAUGCAAAGAAGGAUAUAAAUGUGGACAUAAAGAAAGAAGCAGAGUAUUUUGGUGAUAUUGUUAUAGUCCCAUACAUGGAUCAUUAUGACCUUGUUGUGUUGAAAACCAUAGCUAUAUGUGAAUAUGGGAUUCAUACUGUGGUUGCCAAGUAUAUCAUGAAAUGCGAUGAUGACACAUUUGUGAGAGUGGAUUCUAUCUUAAACGAAGCAAGACAAGUUCAAAGGAGAAGUCUCUACAUGGGAAAUAUGAAUUACCACCAUAGGCCUCUUCGCUAUGGGAAAUGGGCUGUAACUUAUGAGGAAUGGGUAGGCAAAGAAUAUCCUAUCUAUGCUAAUGGUCCAGGCUACUUAAUCUCAGCUGACAUUGCUCAAUUCGUUGUAUAUGAAUUUGAGAAGCGUAGAUUAAAGUUAUUUAAAAUGGAGGAUGUGAGCAUGGGAAUGUGGGUGGAGCAGUUCAACAACUCAGGACCAGUAGAGUAUGUGCACAACUUGAAGUUCUGCCAAUUUGGGUGCUAUUAUGAUUACUACACUGCACAUUAUCAAUCACCACGACAAAUGAUAUGCAUGUGGGAAAAAUUGCGACAUCAAGGAAAACCACUUUGUUGCAACAUGAGAUGACACAUGAAGUAGGUAUAAGUGAUGUAUACAAUAAGGAAAAAAGAAUUAUGCACAACUAGUUAGGAGUAUAUGAUUAUAAUAUAUCUCUGUAGUUACGUAAAUUUUUUUUAGGAUAAAACUUA